AGCCGGGCGACUUCAGAGGCGCCGGCCCGUCCGCCUGCCGCACCUGAGCGCGGCCCCUGCCGGAGCCUGGCCCGCCGCGAUGCUGUAGGGACCGCCGUGUCCUCCCGCCGGACCGUUAUCCGCGCCGGGCGCCCGCCAGACCCGCUGGCAAGAUGCCGCGCUCCUUCCUGGUCAAGAAGCAUUUCAACGCCUCCAAAAAGCCAAACUACAGCGAACUGGACACACACACAGUGAUUAUUUCCCCGUAUCUCUAUGAGAGUUACUCCAUGCCUGUCAUACCACAACCAGAGAUCCUCAGCUCAGGAGCAUACAGCCCCAUCACUGUGUGGACUACGGCAGCUCCAUUCCACGCCCAGCUACCCAAUGGCCUCUCUCCUCUUUCCGGAUACUCCUCAUCUUUGGGGCGAGUGAGUCCCCCUCCUCCAUCUGACACCUCCUCCAAGGACCACAGUGGCUCAGAAAGCCCCAUUAGUGAUGAAGAGGAAAGGCUACAGUCCAAGCUUUCAGACCCCCAUGCCAUUGAAGCUGAAAAGUUUCAGUGCAAUUUAUGCAAUAAGACCUAUUCAACUUUUUCUGGGCUGGCCAAACAUAAGCAGCUGCAUUGCGAUGCCCAGUCUAGAAAAUCUUUCAGCUGUAAAUACUGUGACAAGGAAUAUGUGAGCUUGGGCGCCCUGAAGAUGCAUAUUCGGACCCACACAUUACCUUGUGUUUGCAAGAUCUGCGGCAAGGCGUUUUCCAGACCCUGGUUGCUUCAAGGACACAUUAGAACUCACACGGGCGAGAAGCCUUUUUCUUGCCCUCACUGCAACAGAGCAUUUGCAGACAGGUCAAACCUGAGGGCUCAUCUGCAGACCCAUUCUGAUGUAAAGAAAUACCAGUGCAAAAACUGCUCCAAAACCUUCUCCAGAAUGUCUCUCCUGCACAAACAUGAGGAAUCUGGCUGCUGUGUAGCACACUGAGUGACGCAAUCAAUGUUUACUCGAACAGAAUGCAUUUCUUCACUCCGAAGCCAAAUGACAAAUAAAGUCCAAAGGCAUUUUCUCCUGUGCUGACCGACCAAAUAAUAUGUAUAGACACACACACAUAUGCACACACGCACACACACACACACACACACACACACAGAGCUGCAAGAGCACGGAAUUCAUGUGUUUCAAGAUAAUCCUUUCCAUGUGAAGUUUAAAAUUACUAUAUAUUUGCUGAUGGCUAGAUUGAGAGAAUAAAAGACAGUAACCUUUCUCUUCAAAGAUAAUAUGAAAAGCACAUUGCAUCUUUUCUUCCUAAAAAGAAUGCGAAGAUUUACAUUGCUGCCAAAUCAUUUCAACUGAAAAGAACAGUAUUGCUUUGUAAUAGAGUCUGUAAUAGGAUUUCCCAUAGGAAGAGAUCUGCCAGACGAGAACUCAGGUGCCUUAAAAAGUAUUCCAAGUUUACUCCAUUACAUGUUGGAUGUCUGGUUGCCAUUGUUGAACUAAAGCCUUUUUUUGAUUACCUAUAGUGCUUUAAAGUGUAUUUUUUAAAGGGAGGAAAAAAUAACAAGAACAAAACACAGGAGAAUGUAUUAAAAGUAUUUUUGUUUGGUUUUGUUUUUGUCAAUUAACAGUAUGUGCCUUGGGGGAGGAGGGAAAGAUUAGCUUUGAACAUUCCUGGCGCAUGCUCCAUGUCUUACUAUUUUAAAACAUUUUAAUGAGUUUUGAAAAUUAAUUAAAGAUGGGAAUAAGUGCAAAAGAGGAUUCUUACAAAUUCAUUAAUGUACUUUAAACUAUUUCAAAUGCAUACCACAAAUGCAAUAAUACAAUACCCCUUCCAAGUGCCUUUUUAAAUUGUAUAGUUGAUGAGUCAAUGUAAAUUUGUGUUUAUUUUUAUAUGAUUGAAUGAGCUCUGUAUGAAACUGAGAUGUUUUCUAUAGCUAUGUCUAUAAACAACCUGAAGA